AUGGCCGACAAGUUCGUCAGCGCCCAUGCCGGGGACAAGAAAGCAGAAGAGAGAGUGAAUGACAUAUUCGCCAUCAAACAAUCACCCGGCGAAGGGCUCAGGGACUUCCUCGCCCGAUGCAAUAAAGUGAGAAUGAGCCUACUGAAUGUAUCAAAAGGGAUGGCAGUAGCGGCCUUUCAAAAUGGGUUAAAUAAGAGCGAGUCAAGGGUGACCAGAAAGUUAUUAAGCAGACUUAUAAAGUACCCUCUCACCACCUGGGAAGAAAUCCACAAUGCUUACUGUGCCGAGGUCAGGGCAGAUGAAGAUGACCUCAAUGGUCCGACCCAACGACUGACAACAGUCCAAAUGGAAUCAAGGAAAGAUCAUCGGAAUGACAGCCAAAGAGAUCACGCAGAAAUAGUUUACGCCCUGGAGAAGCUCGGUCCAAAGGUGAAAUGGCCACAAAAGAUGAAGUCGGACCCAAAUUCUAGAAAGUCGAACACCCUCUGCGAGUUCCAUCAGGAACGCGGCCACAAGAUCGUGGAAUGCAUAGCCCUACGACAAGAAGUAGUGAACAUGCGCCACCAAGGACACUUAAGAGAGUUGAUGAGCGAUCGAGGGAGAGCCAAUUUUGCCCGUGGACGGGAACCACAUCUAGGCCCCCAAAGCCACCUCCCCCGCCUGUACCAUCCAAAUGAUCAUCGGCGGAAGCGAUGA